GGGAGCAGAGAGGAGAGAAAAUCAUGGAGAGAACAGCUUUACCUACUGUUCAUUUACACUGGAGAGACAGACAGUGGCUGCUCUGAGACAGGUGAAAAAAAGAGAGAGAAACCAAGAAAGAAAAAGAAAGAAAUAGUCCACUGUGUCCAUUCUGUCCAAAGGAGCGAGAGCCGAGGGAUCGUAACACUGGAGCUCAAGGAUAAACCAUGGACUCUGCAUACAUCCCAUCACACCUGGACGUCCACCAUGUUCCCUGCUAACCUCCUGCUCCUCAUGGUCCUGCUGCUACCUCAAGCCUCGUCUGGUCGCCAAGGUGGAGACACCAGCGAGAUCAACCAUGGCAGAGUAUCCCCCACAUCUUCCUCCUUGUCGCAGGCACCGGCCGCUGCUUCACUGCUGGAUCCAAGUCUGGCUCAGACCAUCCAGAGUCUCCUCCUGAGCCGACUGGGCCUGCAGUCACAGCCUGACCCUCGGCCCGGAGUGCCAGUGCCUCGGUAUCUCCUGGAUCUUUACCGCUUCCACCAGCAACAGUACCAUCUAUUAGAAGACCCUUCAUUUAGUUUCCCAAGCCAGCACAUUCAGCAGGCCAACACUGUACGCAGCUUUCACCACAGUGAGCAUCUUGGAGACAGGCCCAUACCAGAUGAUCACAAGAGGGUUCACAUUUUCUUCAAUAUUUCCUCCAUCCCUCAGGAUGAGAGAGUGCUCUCCGCUGAGCUUCGCCUCCUCCGCAGUAAUAGAGCCUCCCUGAGCCCCGAGCCCCACAGAAUAAACCUAUACCUCUCUGAGCACCAUGAGGACCCAAAGCCAACUCUUAUGGAGACAAGGUUGCUCACCUCUGGCCUCCAUAGCCAUAAAGAAAGUGAUUUCUGGGAGGCGUUUACCUUAAGUGCAGAGCUCCUCCAUGAGGCCCUUGCUAGGAGUGGUAGCCUUGGCUUUCUGCUGGAGGUCCAACCUGAGAACAGUACCUCCUUACCGCUUGACCAGAACCUCUCCUCUGCUGCCAGUGAGGAGGAGGCAGAGAAACACAAAGAGGGUCACUUGAGGGUAUGCAGGUCUGUUGAUCAGGAUGAGCAUAGCUGGGCUCAGGAGAGACCACUCUUGGUGACUUACAGCCACGAUGGGCGUGGAGAACCUUUAGUCAAACAUGGCAGGAGGACCUCAAGUGGUGGCCAGAGGAUGAGAGGGAGAAAUGGGACAAAAGAGAAACCUAGGAGCAGAAGCAAGGGCCACAGUAGGGACCAGUCCUGGUUGAGGGCUAAAAAGACAGCACCAGGUUGGGGGAGUAAUAAAGAUGGGGUGGUUUGGAGCGACAAAGGAAGGGUGAAAAGGAACGGCGGCCGUGCUGCGAAACUGAAGCGCCUUUCCCGCAAUAGAUGCCGCCGUCAUCCUUUAUAUGUAGAUUUCAACGAUGUGGGCUGGCACAAGUGGAUCAUUGCGCCCAGCGGUUAUGAUGCCUUCUUCUGCCUGGGAGAGUGUCGCUUCCCUCUGGCCGACCACAUGAACUCCUCAAGCCACGCCAUGGUGCAAACUCUGGUGAACUCGGUGAAUGGAGCGGUGCCUCGGGCCUGCUGCGUCCCCACCUCCCUCAGUGCCAUUGCCCUGCUCUACUUGGACCCUCAAGACCGAGUGGUGCUGAAGAAUUACCAGGACAUGGUGGUGGAGGGCUGUGGCUGCCGGUAGUGACCUAUAGAGGUUUGCAUUGAAGGCAGAAGAAGGUAAAAGAAUAGACUGUGUAAGAAACAGCCUCAAAGACUGGUAGAGAUAAAUGUAGCAGCAUGAGAAGAAUGAGAGGAGAGGAGGGAGCUAAAGGAAUGGGUAAAUCAGCUAAAUCUGUUGCAGGAAAAACUGUCAAUGAAAAGAGAAAAGAAAAAGAGUGUAGCAUGACCUGCUACACAAUGAUGACACAAUAAGGCAGAGGAAGAAUUGCGAGCAGAAAUAUAAUCAAUGCAAGUAAACUGCCAGGAAUGACCUUAGACUUAAUUCAAUUUCCCAUUUAGCAAUGAAACAGCUGCGUGCACCAUCAUGUGAGAGGCUACACGUUCCUCCAUGAGAAGCUUUGACAUCACAAGGUGUCUAUUCUGUAUCUAAGUGUUUGUUACUCAUAUCACUCUCACGUCACUCUCUGAGGUGAACUGUGUUUAGCUUUCAUGGAGGGCAAGCAUAAUUGUAGGCAGUUGGAGUUGGCAGGUGAGGACAUGAAUUUUAAGCUCUGAGGCAGAGUUUAGACAAUUGUGUGUCUUUCUGAUGGACUUACUGAUGAACAACAGCAUCAGCAAUACAUCAAUGGCACCAGCAUGGAACCUGAACUUUGUGUGACAGUGUUGUUUCUGCAGAAUUUGAACGGAGAAGUAAGGCGCAUCUGUUUUUGUGAACAUUAGCAUUAAAGGCAAACUCAACCCUUACACACUCCUGCAUCACAAGCUAUUUAAAACCACAACAAUAAUGGUGAGGAACUAUUAUGCUAUUGUUUGAAUGUACUACUAUUACUAUUAUUUAAAAAAAAAAAGAAAAGAGAGACUUUUUUGUACAUUUCCUUUGCAGACGUGAGGAAAACCCAUGUGACGGUCGUCUUGUGAUUAUACAUAAUUCAUGACCAUGAAUGGCAAUUCUAACUUAAAAGACACAAUAUGUAUUUAAAUAGCAAUAGCAAUAUGGUGUAUUUAAUCUUGAAAAUAUUUAAGAUACCUGCACUCAACAAAGCAUUCAGAAAACUGAAAGACGACAGUGGACAUGAAGUAAGUUACGGUAGCUUUGCAUCUGUUCAGCGUGUUGAAGUAACACGGGCUGUUACUUCAACGUCACACCUUAUCAAUGCACACAUUUUGGUGUCCAACACAUGAUAGCAGACAUGAUGGUGUUGCCAUUAAAAAAAAAAGCUCAACUAACAAGCCAAUUGGAAGCUCUGUGUAUCGUAGCUACUGAAGUGUGUAA